AUGGCUCCUCAGACGGUGGACUGUUAUCCACCGACCGCCCAGCAAAAAGAGGACAAAGUAAAGGCCUUCGUUGACUCAACUGAUCCAAUUGCCGUCUGCGAUGCCGCGAGCGGGAGCUACAACGUCUGUUUCUUUGUCGAGUUUGUCGAUGAGAAUACGAAAUGGGUGAGCGAAGUCGCUACCAUGCGAUAUCUCGAAAGCAAGACCACUAUCCCCCUACCUCAUGUCUGUGGUUUUGGACGAGGGGGGACUGUGGACAAACUUAACCCUACAGGACUUGCCUAUAUUAUCCUUGAGUAUAUCCCUGGCCAUUCUCUUGAUAUUUUGGCUUUCGUGAAAGAGUCCCGAGAACGGAAGGCACACUUCUACUCGCAGCUUAUCGACAUCCUGGCCCAGUUGCGCCAGCAGGAGUUUGACUACGCCGGCUCCCUGCUUCCGGACCCAGAUGGCGGGCUUGCUCCCAUCUUGGGGCCCUCGCUCUCCAUGCAGCUCAAUGAGCUACAGAUCGACCAAGGCAACUCAGCUGUCCCAACCGCAAGGUUCGCUUCCGCGGUCGACUUUGCCUUCCAUCAGUACCACAUUCUAGAUCAGAAAUACCGGCUACCUGCGAGCGACAUGUCUGAACUGAAUACGCAGCUCGAAAACCACGGUCCUUUUGUGCUGGCCCAUACGGAUUUGCGUUGGUCCAAUAUCAUUGUGGACGAGGAUCUUAACAUUCAAGGGGUUAUCGACUGGGAGUGGGCAAGCACAGUGCCUCGGCAGUUUUUCAUGCCACCUACCUGGAUCGCCCGGCGCCCUCCCGAUUCAAUGGCAGGAGUUCACUACCGGAUUGAGUACCGUUGGUUCUACGACAUCCUUGAGGCAAAGGCCGCUACGUCCGAACCUUGUCACCAGCUGGCUGAGGAAUGGGGAAGGAACCUGAUGAAAAGGGUUGACUUGCCUCUGGCUGUUACGCUUCGACAUCACAACCGUUUUCUCAACAUAUACUACCGUGGAGUCUAUCCCGUGUUUUACAAAACUCCUCGAACCGACACAGUAAACCAAUUCUUUGAGCGCGACGGGAAGGGCGGCCCGUCUACCCUUGAAGUUAAGCGGCGGCUGGAGAACUCGGAACGAUACACUCAAUACCUCACGGAUAACAACUUAUUCGUCCCUCGCGAGGCCACUAAAAGGGUCCAAGAGUCUCCUGGGAAACGGCAAGAACCCGAUGAGAAGCUAGGCAUGCUGACAGACACUGAGAAGGACCAGCCGAUGCUAGAAAAAUACAUCACACAACCUUCACAUAGUCUUCCAGGGCCUGCUCCUCCUCCUCCAGCUCCACCGGCUCUGGCUCCGCGUCCUCUAUUGCCUCAUUAA